UUGCAGCAAAGUCCUCCUUUACUCCACACACGCUUCUAAGCCUCGCUACUAACUACACUUUAUUCAUCCUCCGUGUCAGGAUAAACUCCACUCGUCUCAGUCAACUUUGGACAUUAUUAGGCCCGCUUAGCUUGCUACUUGUUUUAGCGCGUUAGUUAGCUUAGCGUGCUAGUUAGCUUAGCGUGCUAGUUAGCUUAGCUUGUUAGCUGCUAACAAAGAGACGCGGAUUUGAUCAACACAUCGCUUAGUUAAGAUCAAGUGUGAGUGUAAAGUGUUGUGAUUGUGUGAAAAUGUGUGAAAGAACGAUAGCAGAGUACAAAGAGGAACUUUCUCGGACAAAAUAAGAAAACAAAAGACUACGUCAACUACUGGACGCUGUUUUCAAGAAACCUCAAGUUGUGUUACACAGAACAGACGUUCAGCAGCCCCCCCACGUGUAAGAGAAAGAGGAUGAUCCACAGCCCACCCACAUGAAAGAGGAAGAGGGAGAUCCACAGCCCACUCACAUGAAAGAGGAAGAGAAUGAUCCAAAGCCCACGCACAUGAAAGAGGAAGAGGGGGAUCCACAGCCCCGCCACAUGAAAAAGGAAGAGGAUGAUCCACAGCCCCCCCAUAUGAAAGAGGAAGAGAGGGAUCCACAGCCCACCCACAUGAAAGAGGAAGAGGGAGAUCCACAGCCCACUCACAUGAAAGAGGAAGAGAAUGAUCCAAAGCCCACGCACAUGAAAGAGGAAGAGGGGGAUCCACAGCCCACCCACAUGAAAGAGGAAGAGGAUGAUCCACACAUGAAAGAGGAAGAGGAUGAUCCACAGCCCACCCACAUUAAAGAGGAAGAGGAUGAUCCACAGCCCCUUCACAUGAAAGAGGAAGAGGAGGAUCCACACAGGAAAGAGGAAGAGGAGGGAGAGUGUGUUGUAGGGCAGGAGGAGGAUGAUGUCAGCAAGUUUCCACUGACUGUUGUCUCUGUGAAGACUGAAGAGCAUGAAGACAAAGCACCUGAGUCCUCACAGCUUCAUCACAGUCCAAACAUCCAGCAGCCCCCUCACAUGAAAGAGGAAGAGGAGGAUCCACAGCCCACCCACAUGAAAGAGGAAGAGGAGGAUCCACUCAUGAAAGAGGAAGAGGAGGGAGAGUGUGUUGUAGGGCAGGAGGAGGAUGAUGUCAGCAAGUUUCCACUGACUGUUGUCUCUGUGAAGACUGAAGAGCAUGAAGACAAAGCACCUGAGUCCUCACAGCUUCAUCACAGUCCAAACGUCCAGCGGGUGUCAGCGGGGAGUCAUGAAGAGGAGUGGCACACCAGUGUGGGACAGAAGGAGCUACAGGCCCCCUCCCACAUUAAAGAGGAGCAGCUUCAUGAUGAAGAUGAAGCUCAGUCCUUACAGCUUCAUCACAGUCAAAGUGAGGAGAACAGAGGGGCGGAGCUUGUAAGUCAACACAUCACAGAAGCUGAUGGAGAGCAUUGUGAAGAUAUCAAGUCAGAACCAGACAGCAUCUUUGCUCCACUGUCAGACAUGGACCACAUGAUGUCAGACUCCUCUGAUCACAGUGACCACAUCCAAAAACCUUUGGAGAGUAAAAAUGACUCUAAAGGUGAUACGAGACAUCACACUAACAACAAACACUUUGACUGCUCUGAAUGUGGGAAAUUAUUUAGACACAAGAGUCAUUUUACAGUACACAUGAGAACACACACUGGAGAGAAACCUUUUGCUUGCUCAGCUUGUGCUAAAAGAUUCAACACUAAUAAGGAACUUAUAUUACACGUGAGAACACACACAGGUGAGAAACCUUUUACGUGCUCCGUUUGUAAGAAGAGUUUCUCCACAAAACAGUACAUAACCACACACUUGAGAAUACAUACUGGAGAGAAAUCUUUUGCUUGCUCAGCUUGUGCUAAAAGAUUCAACACUAAGAAGGAACUUAUAUUACAUGUGAGAACACACACAGGUGAGAAACCUUUUACUUGCUCUGUUUGUAAGAAGAGUUUCUCCAAAAAGGAACACAUGACCAGACACAUGAGAACACACACAGGUGAGAAACCUUUUGCUUGCUCUUUUUGUAAGAAGAGUUUCUCCAGGAAGCAACAAAUGACCACACACAUGAGAACACACACUGGAGAGAAACCUUUUGUUUGCUCAGCUUGUGCUAAAAGAUUCAAAUCUAAGAGGGAAAUGGUAUUACACAUGAGAACACACACAGGUGAGAAACCUUUUACUUGCUCUGUUUGUAAGAAGAGUUUCUCCAGAAAGCGUAACAUGACCACACACAUGAGAACACACACUGGAGAGAAACCUUUUGCUUGCUCAGCUUGUGCUAAAAGAUUCAACACUAAGCAGGAACUUAUAUUACACAUGAGAACACACACAGGUGAGAAACCUUUUACUUGCUCUGUUUGUAAGAAGAGUUUCUCCAGAAAGGAACGCAUGACCACACACAUGAGAGCGCACACUGGAGAGAAACCUUUUACUUGCUCUGUUUGUAAGAAGAGUUUCUCCAGCAAGCUAGUCAUGACCACACACAUGAGAACACACACUAGAGAGAAACCGUAUAGUUGCACUGUGUGUGAUAAGAUGUUCAGGUUUAAGAAUCAGGUCAGUAAACACAAGUGUGAAACAGUCAUAGAAGCUGCUAAGCAGAGAUCAAGUGUGAGUGUAAAGUGUUGUGAUUGUGUGAAAAUGUGCGAAAGAACCAUAGCAGAGUACGAGGAGGAACUUUGUCCAACAAAAGAGGAGAAGGAGCGACAACAUGAAAAACAUCAAGUUGUGUUACACACAACAGACAUCCAUCAGCUGAUUGGACACCAAGAAGAAUGUCUCCCUCAUCUGCAGGGGGACAGUUUCACUUCAGAGGAUCCACAGCCCUCACACAUGAAAGAGGAAGAGGAGGGAGAGUGUGUUGUAGGGCAGGAGGAGGAUGAUGUCAGCAAGUUUCCACUGACUGUUGUCUCUGUGAAGACUGAAGAGCAUGAAGACAAAGCACCUGAGUCCUCACAGCUUCAUCACAGUCCAAACGUUCAACAGCCCCUUCACAUUAAAGAGGAAGAGGAUGAUCCACAGCCCACCCACAUUAAAGAGGAAGAGGAGGAUCCACAGCCCACGCACAUUAAAGAGGAAGAAGAGGAUCCACACAUGAAAGAGGAAGAGGAGGGAGAGUGUGUUGUAGGGCAGGAGGAGGAUGAUGUCAGCAAGUUUCCACUGACUGUUGUCUCUGUGAAGACUGAAGAGCAUGAAGACAAAGCACCUGAGUCCUCACAGCUUCAUCACAGUCCAAACGUCCAGCGGGUGUCAGCGGGGAGUCAUGAAGAGGAGUGGCACACCAGUGUGGGACAGAAGGAGCUACAGGCCCCCUCCCACAUUAAAGAGGAGCAGCUUCAUGAUGAAGAUGAAGCUCAGUCCUUACAGCUUCAUCACAGUCAAAGUGAGGAGAACAGAGGGGCGGAGCUUGUAAGUCAACACAUCACAGAAGCUGAUGGAGAGCAUUGUGAAGAUAUCAAGUCAGAACCAGACAGCAUCUUUGCUCCACUGUCAGACAUGGACCACAUGAUGUCAGACUCCUCUGAUCACAGUGACCACAUCCAAAAACCUUUGGAGAGUAAAAAUGACUCUAAAGGUGAUACGAGACAUCACACUAACAACAAACACUUUGACUGCUCUGAAUGUGGGAAAUCAUUUAGAAAGAAGAGUCAUUUUACAGUACACAUGAGAACACAUACUGGAGAGAAACCUUUUACUUGCUCUGUUUGUAAGAAGAGUUUCUCCAGAAAGCAUCACAUCACCACACACAUGAGAACACACACUGGAGAGAAACCUUUUGCUUGCUCGGUUUGUGCUAAAAGAUUCAACACUAAGAAGGAAAUGAUAUUACACAUGAGAACACACACAGGUGAGAAACCUUUUACUUGCUCUGUUUGUGCUAAAAGAUUCAACACCAUGUAUGAAAUAAUAUCACACAUGAGAACACACACAGGUGAGAAACCUUUUACUUGCUCUGUUUGUAAGAAGAGUUUCUCCAGUAAAGGUGGCAUGACCAGACACAUGAGAACACACACUGGAGAGAAACCUUUUGCUUGCUCAGCUUGUGCUAAAAGAUUCAACACUAAGAAGGAAAUGAUAUUGCACAUGAGAACACACACAGGUGAGAAACCUUUUACUUGCUCUGUUUGUAAGAAGAGUUUCUCCAGAAAGGAACACAUGACCAGACACAUGAGAACACACACUGGAGAGAACCCGUUUAGUUGCACUGUGUGUGAUAAAAGGUUCAUGUAUAAUUAUCAGGUCAGUAAACACAAGUGUGUAACAGUCAUGGAAGCUGCAGGGAUGUAAAAACAGUUAAACAGUGAUUGUGCUAAAUGUAGUUUAAAAACACAGCAUGUUUAAUAAGAAUGUAUAUUUGAUGUUGUAUGUAGUGCUUCUCAUCUUCUAGUCUUAUAUGUUGUCCUGUACUUACUUUUUAAGUUGUGUGAAUGUAUUGAAUAU